CAUGUUUAUUAUUUUCAUCAUCACAAAAUUUUCUCAUUCUUACUACUACAUUGCCUUAGAUGGUUAUUUGAUCAUCACAGGCACUUUCGAAUUCAAGUACUAGCCAGUCUUGUUUGUUCGAGAGAAUUCUGCAUUAGAACCACUGGGCAGACCCAAACUUUUCAACAAAUUCUAUCAAAAUGGUAACUGUUGAGGAAAUCCGCAAUGAUCAAAGAGCCGAGGGUCCAGCUAAUGUGUUGGCUAUUGGGACUGCAACUCCAGCCAAUUGUGUCUUACAAGCUGAUUACCCUGACUACUACUUCAAAAUCACUAAGAGCGAACAUAUGACUGAUCUCAAAGAGAAAUUCAAGCGAAUGUGCGAGAAGUCACAGAUUAGAAAACGUUACAUGCAUAUCACUGAAGAAAUUCUGAAUGAAAACCCUAACAUGUGUGAAUACAUGGCUCCAUCGCUUGAUGCACGUCAAGACAUAGUUGUUGUUGAAGUACCAAGACUAGGAAAAGAAGCUGCAUCAAAAGCUAUCAAAGAAUGGGGUCAACCAAAAUCAAAGAUCACUCAUUUAGUCGUUUGCACUACUUCUGGUGUUGACAUGCCUGGUGCUGAUUACCAACUCAGUAAACUACUGGGUCUUCGUCCUUCGGUUAAACGGUUGAUGAUGUACCAACAAGGUUGUUUCGCUGGUGGGACUGUCAUGCGUCUUGCCAAAGACUUGGCUGAGAAUAACGCUGGUGCACGUGUACUUGUUGUGUGUUCAGAAAUCACAGCAGUUACUUUCCGUGGUCCAGCUGAUACUCAUUUAGACUCCCUUGUGGGACAAGCUCUUUUUGGUGAUGGUGCAGGUGCUAUGAUCAUCGGAGCUGACCCUGAUAUUUCAGUGGAACGUCCACUUUUCCAAAUCGUUUCUGCGGCUCAGACUAUUCUCCCCGAUUCACAUGGAGCAAUCGAUGGACAUUUACGUGAAGUUGGUCUGACUUUUCACUUAUUGAAAGAUGUUCCCGGCUUGAUCUCUAAGAACAUCGAGAAGAGCUUGGAUGAAGCUUUCAAACCAAUUGGUAUCACUGAUUGGAAUUCUUUGUUCUGGAUUGCUCACCCUGGUGGUCCAGCAAUUCUUGACCAAGUUGAGGCUAAACUAGGAUUAAAAGAAGAGAAACUCCGAGCGACUCGUCAUGUGUUGAGCGAGUACGGUAACAUGUCAAGCGCGUGUGUCCUUUUCAUUCUUGACGAGAUGAGAAAGAGGUCCAUUGAAGAAGGAAAAUCCACUACCGGAGAUGGACUGGAUUGGGGAGUUCUAUUCGGUUUCGGACCGGGUCUUACGGUUGAAACCGUUGUGCUUCAUAGUAUCCCAACUAUUUAACGUACUAGCUAAUAAUUAUAAUUCGAAAGGUAUCAAAUCGUUCUUCUUUUCAGUGAUGUGAACUGCUUGGAAAAAGGUGGUGUAGUUUGUGAUAUGAGGUAGGUAUUGUAUGGAAUAGGGUUCAUCCAUGUGGUGUGUUCUUGUAAGGUUUUUAUGUACGCAAUUGAUAUUUGUUUACGUGUCUGUGUUUGUGUACGUUCCAAAUAAUAAAUGAUUCUUAAAAAAAAAGUGGAAAUUAA